UUAAAAACUGUAGGCAUUCAGCACUUGUACUGUACAAAGGAGAAACCCUUUAAAAUGGUUUUGACAGUUUCCAAACAGGCCAUGCCUUAUUUUUCAGCAUCGGGAUGCCAUUGGCCAAUGAGUCGGACAUCUUCAGCGUGAUUGGUUGCUUUUUUUCGUACGGUUUCUUCAGAACUCCGAGACGCUGAAUAUUGGGUUACAGUGUAGCAAAAUGGCGGCUGUCAUUCAGAAUCCACUCAAAGCGCUGGGUGACCAGUUCUACAAGGAGGCCAUUGAGCACUGCCGCAGCUACAACUCCCGGCUGUGCGCCCGAGCGCAGCGUCCGGCUGCCCUUCCUCGACUCGCAGACGGGUGUCGCCCAGAACAACUGCUACAUCUGGAUGGAGCGGCGCCACCGCGGGCCAGGUCUGGCCGCGGGGCAGAUGUACACGUAUCCCGCACGCUGCUGGAGGAAGAAGAGGAGGCUGCACACGCCUGUGGACCCGCAACUGCGCCUCUGCGAACUGCGACUCGAGGGGGAGCUGGCAGCCAAGAAGGAGCCGCUGGCCUCCGAGAGCACCACCCUGGAAGCGCUGUUACGUGGGGAAGCCUUGGAGAAACACGGCCCCAGCAACAGCACCAAGGAGGAGGAAAGUCUGCUGGAGAUCCAGAGGGUUCUGGAGGCAGAAGAGAGGGAUGGUUACCAUGACGACGAGGACUUUGAGGCGGACACCCCGAAAAGAAAGCAGAGGAGCAAAGGCCGGGGUCGGGGAACAGGGCGCAGGAAAACUGAGGCGGCUCUUACGGAAGACCAGGACAAGCCAUAUGUCUGUGACAACAGAUACAGACAAAAGCGUAACUCAAAAACCACCACCCCAGCCUGUGGGAAACGCUACAAGAACCGGCCCGGCUUGAGUUACCACUAUGCCCACACUCACCUGGCGGACGAGGAGGGGGAGGAUGAGAGGGACUCUGAGCCGCCCCAGUCCCCCCCAGCCCACCGAUCCAACAACCACAAACCUCAGAAGGGGCCAGAUGGAACAGUCAUUCCCAAUAACUACUGUGACUUCUGCCUGGGUGACUCUGGAUCGAACAGGAAGACGGGUCGGUCUGAGAACCUGGUGUCCUGCUCGGACUGCGGACGCUCCGGUCACCCCACCUGUCUGCAGUUCACUGACAACAUGAUUCAGGCUGUGUACACCUACCAGUGGCAGUGUAUUGAAUGCAAGACCUGCAGCCGGUGCGGCACCUCUGAGAAUGAUGACCAGCUCCUGUUCUGUGAUGAUUGUGACCGGGGCUACCACAUGUACUGCCUAAAACCUCCCAUGAGUCAGCCCCCUGAAGGGAGCUGGAGCUGCUAUCUGUGUCUGGCCCUCCUGAAAGACAAGGCCUCUGUCUUCUCUGAGCCAUAACGGCAGGCAAGGCAGCUGGGGAAAUAGGUGCCAUUUAUGGCUACAUUCCUUUCUAAGUACACAGGAACUUCUAGUAUAGCCACAUCCCCAUCCACAUACAAACACAUGCACACACAUGCAAUCAAAGGAGACCCCGUGUGGUCACUUUGCUGAUAAUCUCUUUUCAUUCUGACCAUGCAACUGCUAGCUACAUCUCUGCAAAAAUGCCCCAGAUUUUGAAAUGUUUAUCAAACGAGGCCUGCGGUCCCUUUUCAGGUAAAUCCUUACCAUAUGAAAAAGUGUCCCUCCCACACAAACCUCAAAGGCACAAUCUCUGUAUGCAGUGAGAUCAGAUAUAAACUGUGACGCCAGACUUGCUGGAUUCUGUGGAGCUAUACAGUGCACUGACAAACACAGGGGUGAGCAAACCAACGUCACAUCCUCCAGGAAUCUGGUGCCAGAGUGAAGGUUAUUGUUUUGCAAGGCUGAAGUUCCGCUCUACUGGCAACUCUGAUUGGUGACAUAUGGAUUAGACUGUUUUUUUUUUUAUCCAAUUACUAUUUUUAUCUCUUGCAUUACCUUCCCAAAUUAGAUGUGCCUAGUAGCAAGAUUGGGUAGAACUGCCUGUGUCCAUAACCCAAGGCUUUGUGUACAAGUAUGGCAUCCAGUUUAAAUAUUAACAGAUAGGAAUACCAUCAUCUGCAUAAAUGUCUUAAUUUUUGCAUUAAAAAGUCACAUUUAACGCAGUUACACCUUUAGAAUGGGUUAGCGUCUGUGAUUAUAAUUAAGGUGGCCGAAUACUUCAAAUCACAUCCACUCAAAACAAUGGAACGUUCUAGCGAGAAUAAUCUCUUUCAUACUUAAGAUGGCGUUGCCAGCUUGCUUGUUAUAAGUCACACCACAACCCUAGAGGGCAAAACAUGACAUGGUUACAGCCUUUAAUAUGUGUAUUUAUGUUAACAGUAAUUUACAUUAUUUGAAGUGUGGUGAGAUGCAAAGCACUGCCAGCACUGCAGCAUCACAUUUAAGUCAGGUGAUCAUGGACGGUAGGUGGGAUCAUAACAAAGGAAAAGGUGACCCCCUGGGAGCAGCACAGGCCAUGCGGCGAAAGGGUUAUGACCGCGGUUGUCGAUUUCGUCGAAUGUAUAAACUGCGUGUAUCCUGCAUUGUCCCGUCUGGCUUUCCAAUGGCAUAUUCAUUGCCGUGACCACUGCAUCUGUCCAACUUCCGCUUAAUUUUUUUGCUUCUGACUUUUCAAGCGUUACACUCUUCUCACAGUGUGCCGAAUAUAAGAGCAGCGAUCUAGUCAUUUGUGCUUCAAGUGUAACGUCACGCUUGAUUUGACCAAGAAUCCACUUGUAUGCCUCCAGUCCAUAGUUGUCUUCUUCCAAUCCCGUAUCUCUCAUUCUAUUAGUAUUCAACUCUGUAUACCUCUUUUGCAGAUUUGGAAAGAAUCCGUUUCUAUGUGUAAUCCUGAGUGCGGUUUUUUUGUACAGUGUAGAUUUUCAUAAGUGUAAUUAAAUGCUCUCCCAAUUACCUUGCAGCCCAUCCAAUUGUAUACAGAUGUGUGGCAUCGUUUCAUCAAUACUGUGAUUUGUCUUCCAUUGCUUAUAAUAUUUCUAGUUAAUGCCCUCUAUCCCUGCGGAUCUCUUCAUUACGGAAGGCUCUUCUAUGUAUCUGACCUCAUUCAAUAUACCUUCUUCGGGGAUGUAUUUGCUGUAGAGGCCUUCUGUAUGUCUCUAUUUAGUCAUUAUUAUGAUUAAUUAUUUGUUCGUUUUUCCAUGUUUACUGCUCACUUCAAAGACUUUGGAUGUUGUCUGUGAUAUUGUAAGCCACUGGCUUCUUUUACUCAUUGUUUUUUUAAUAGUUUUUUUAAUAGCACAUUAGUGGUCUGUAAGAAGAUACCGCUAAGGAGAUCAGUUACCUUUAUUAUGUUGUGCUAACACUAACCUAAUGCAAUCACUCUCUAAGCAGUAGUUAACAGUUUCAAUGAAGAUGUGGGCCCCACUCCAGCUGGAUAUAAAUGCACAUCUCAAGUAUAUAGAGCAAGCUUCACAUUUGUGUGAUAUCCUCUGAGACUUCAUGUCACACACCGGCUUCACUGAAUCACACGGGCUGCUCUGCUCAGCUGUUCUCCAGUUAUGUCAGCUCAGGUCAAAAAGCUGGACUCUGGCGUGGGCUACAUUGGUGAUAGCUGAAUGCUUGAUGUAUAACUUACUGCAAACCCCUCCCCCCAGCCCCACCCUCACUGCCCAGAACAGCACAAAUGGAGCAAGAGACCGAACCAACACAGAUUCCAAAGACAACAUGGAAUAGACUGAGACUUGUAAACAGUAUCUUUUUUGAGUUUUUGCGCUGAAGCAGUGAUUUGUUUUUCCAGAAGAGAGACACCUCUCUCACCUUAAUGCUGCCGCCCCCCAGAAUACCCAUGGAGACUGUUAAUGCUGUAAAAUGUUGAGUUGAUUUAAUGUUAAAAACUUGUCCCAUACCCUGAAAUGUACACUGGUUUUCUGCUUCCCCUUUGUUUUUAAUGUAAUGUUUCUAACAUAGAA